GGCGGCGCCUGUUGGCCUAAACACGUACAAACACCGCGCUCGCUGUUCACGCCGACGAGCGUGAAGACAGUCCACUCAUAGAACUUAUCGGACUGUGCUCUCUGCUACCCUAACUCUCGGCUCUGUUCUACACUCCCAAGCAGUCCCGGAUACUCCUCGAAACCGACUCCUCAAUGUCGACACUCCCUCCUCUAAACCCCCUUCUCAAAAGUUGCGCAAAGCGAACAUAUGACGUCUUUGCAUCAUGUCCAGCCGCGGGGAUGCAGGAAGAGGAGACAAGUGCGAGACUAAGACUUUCAGUCAAGAUCAACGAUGAGUACAAACACUACAAGGAGCUCCCACCAACGCUGCUCGCUCAACAGGGGCCAGUGGGCCCUGCAAGACCAAAGGAGCAGCGGAAGGCUAUCACGGCUGGACCCGCUGCAGAUACCUCGAUGAUGAUUGCAAAGAUCGACAAUACCCCCCAGCAAAAGCCGUCCACAUUUGCCUCUUCCACGAAGCUCUCGCAAGCACUACAGCUACACAAGACAACACGGACCAUCAAGCCCACGUAUCAUCCACAAUGGAAGCUCAUGCGUGUCAUUUCAGGGCAUCUGGGCUGGGUACGGAGUGUGGCAGUGGAACCAGGAAACAAGUGGUUCGCUACGGGCGCUGGCGAUCGUGUCAUCAAGAUUUGGGAUCUGGCGUCGGGAGAGCUGAAGUUGUCGCUGACGGGGCAUAUAUCCACCGUACGUGGUCUCGCUGUGUCUUCGCGACACCCAUAUCUCUUUUCGUGCGGAGAAGACAAAAUGGUGAAGUGCUGGGACCUUGAACAAAACAAAGUCAUCCGGCAUUAUCACGGACAUCUAUCAGGUGUAUAUUCCCUCAGCUUGCACCCGACACUCGAUAUCCUCGUCACGUCUGGACGAGACGCUUCAGCCCGGGUAUGGGAUAUGCGAACAAAAGCGCAGAUUCAUGUCCUGGCAGGACACACAGCGACAGUUGCUGACGUGAAAUGCCAAGAGUCAGAUCCCCAGGUUAUCACCGGGAGUAUGGACUCCACCGUUCGUCUAUGGGAUCUUGCGGCGGGCAAGACCAUGACGACACUCACCCACCACAAGAAGUCCGUCCGCGCACUGGCAAUCCACCCCACGGAAUACUCGUUUGCGUCAGGCUCUGCAGGCGGUAACAACAUUAAGAAAUGGAAGUGCCCAGACGGCACGUUCGUAUUCAACUUCAGCGGACACAAUGCCAUCAUAAACACGCUCUCCGUGAAUUCAGAGGGCGUGUUCUUCUCAGGAGGUGAUAAUGGGACCUUGACCUUCUGGGAUUACAACACGGGUACUCCAUUCCAGCACCUCGACGAUAUUCCUCAGCCUGGUUCCUUGGAAGCCGAAGCGGGCGUUUUCUGCUCGACCUUCGACAUGACCGGCACGCGCUUAAUCACAGGUGGUGCUGAUAAGACCAUCAAGAUUUACGCUGAACAAGCGCAGUAGAUUUGUACAUCAUUCGCCAUUUUGUUGUCACCUGUGCUAAUACGACCUGUUGCCUUGUUUUCCGUAAACCUGCUAUCGGUGUGCGAUAUUGGUGCAGUGCUAUGCCGGCGG